GCGUUUGUAAAUUAAUCGGUGGGGAGAGGGAGACAGGGAGGACAGAAAAGACCCGGGGUGGAGGGGUGGUGACCGGUUAGAGAGCCCAAGAGGGGUCAUGCAGCUGUCAUUCGAUAUCCAAACCCCCCUUGCACCUGCCGGAUCUCCAUCCCAGUCUUGCUAGAUUCCUCAAACCCCCAUCUAUGUCUCUCACUCUCUCUCCCCUCUCCUCCUUUCUUGUUCUCUCCCACAGGCCUUGAAGCCAGGUCAUGGAAGGUGGAGAGGCCACCAAAGAAGAGGAAGAAAAGAAGACCCCCAAGAAGAGAAGAAAGAUCACUCGGCUCACAAACUAGCUAGCUACCUCUCCUUGUGUCCUUUUAUAGAGAGAUACAUAUUGAGAGAGAGAGAGAGGGGGUUGUUAGCUUGCUAUAGGUAUUACUUUAGGUUUCCAUGGCUUCUUCUAGUCCAUCCAGUCAUAGAUCGAGGUUUGGGGACACGACUUUAACCAAGGUCUUUGUGGGAGGCUUGGCAUGGGAGACCCCAACCGAAGAGCUGCGCCGAUACUUCGAGCAGUUUGGCGAGAUCCUCGAGGCCGUCAUCAUAACCGACAAAAACACCGGGAGAUCCAAAGGCUAUGGUUUUGUGACGUUUCGUGACCCGGACUCGGCCAGGCUUUCGGUGGCGGACCCCAACCCGGUCAUCGGCGGCCGGCGAGCCAACUGCAACAUCGCUUCCAUGGGCCGCCCUCGCCCUUCCCCUCCUCGAGUGAGGAGUCAAGUUGGGAGCCUUUAUCAGGGCCCACCUCAGGCUGUGAGCCCAUCAUAUAGCAGAGUGCCAACCCAAAUGCCCCCUCCACCUCCUGUCCUCUACCCUACUCAUUUUGGGUAUCUGACCUACCCAACUGAUUAUGGAUACCAACAAGCUAUAUACAAUCCUCAAAUGGCACCACAUUACUACCAUCAGAUGUAUGGUUCAUCAUCAUCGCCUGUUGGUGCAUCAUAUCAUUAUCCCCACAUGGGGUACACUGUGCCGACUUCAAGGGCAAGUUUUUCAUCAAUGCUACAAAAUCCACGCCCACCAUACAUGCAAUAUCCUACGGUCCAAAUGGAGGGAUCUAUCUCUCCCUCAUCCUCACAGCCUUAUACCUUUCAGCUACAACCCCCUCCACAUGUAAGGCAGCCACCAAACACAAUAGAUUCACAAGAUUCUCAACAACCAACAACAACUGUUGCAACUACCGAGGGUGCUGAUGCUUGAAGGAGAAAUUUUGCAUCUUUCUAGCGCCGAUUCUUGUGGAGGGUAACUAAAUUGGCAAUGAACUAUUACAAGCCUUGGGUUGGGCCCUAAUUGACUUAAGGCUAUCCUUUUUUUUUUAAAUUCUUUUUGUUUUUUCAUGACAUGUCCUUAAUGUAUCGAAUAUUUGAUAUUUAUGAUUUUUCAAAAAUUUCAAAGUCCAUCGGGAUCACAAUUUGUAAGAAAAUAUGGUGCAAUGAUUGUAUUUGUGUUGUCAUCAAACAAAAAGGGAUCGGAAAGAGCAUUCGCUUCAAUAGGUAGUAAAGUGAAAGAAGCUAGAUGGUGCUCAUCGUUUGAUAAUUAUUAUAUAUUCAUUUGGAUUAGAA